AUGGAAAUGGUUGAACCACCGCUACUUCGCCAGCUAGUCGCUAUGGCCCCGGCUGUUGGCGGAAGAACACUCCAAUGGAUGCAAUUAGACUUUCCGAUAGAUGCAUCCGCGGUAUCGGAUGUGCAUUUGUCCGAUCCAGAUCUUUCCGACAGUGUAGUAGUCGAUGGACUCGGAACAUGGCUGAAUCUUGACUUCGAUGAGUACACGCCUCCUGAUCUCAAUAAAACUUUAUCGGGGAACUAUGUACCGCAGGGAACAUGCAAGAUCAGUCCGUUGGAUAGCAAGCUAUACUGUUUUGCUCGCGUAUUUGAGUCCACACCGACAUCGAACACCGGAUGCUGUGCGGACACUAUGCGCAGCUUCGACAAGGUAACAGGCGAGCAAGAUAGCAUCGACAUGAAGACAAGUGUGCAGGUCGCUCUCAAGGCUGACGGAAUAGCGGGUUGGGAAACAGCUUAUCCUUCUCACACCUUCGAUCUGAUGGAGAAGGAUGGGAAGAUGUAUGCACUGUCAGUUGUCCGGUUCAACAGUACAUACAUGUUGGAUUGCUCUUCAGAUGCGAUUGUAGCGGUGGGGUUGAAUGAUGGGUAUAAUGCUUCUGUACUUAAAUCUGGCAAUGGUCUUCAGAGUUUAGUUAUGUAUCGGGAUAUAGGCACCUUCGACGACAAUGCAACCACAACCAAAAUACAAUUCGUACAAACUGAAGAUAUAGAAUUCGACCGAGCUAUGGUAAAUACAACUCAAAAUGAGCAGUGGCAUGAGAAUGGCAUCGAGAGCUUUGUCACGGCGAACGGCGCGCAUCUGCUGGCCUUCACACACCGCUGGAUGGCGGAGGUGGUGGUAAUCUCAAAUCCGUGGUUCACUGCGGGUGAUACCGAGAUCCUGCAACGAUUUGGCACUCCUGGUAUCUUCGAUAAGAAUGGUACACAGAUAGGAAUACAUUUCUUCGGUGUCGAUGCUGUCAAUGAUGGACCCUUCUAUUCCGGUCUACACAAUGUAUUUUAUCACCGAUACGCAGAUGGGAGAGAAACAUUGACCACAUUGGUGAACCAACAGGGCAAGACGGGAAAAUCCGCGGUAUACGAGUUUGGACUUAAUUCCACACAGUCGUCGGCAACCACUACCUUCCCCACAUCAUACUCGCGCACAAACUUACCUUACCAUGCUAACGCGAUGGGAGGAGGACGUCCUCUUGGCGACGGUGUCUUUAUAGCAGCAUCUGGGAUGUCGACAGACUUUGAAUCGCCCACAGGAACUCACUUGCCCGGGGGAUUCGCAAUUGUAGCUGCAGAUUGUCAUUGCACUGGUGACCAGUGCUCGUCCACUCACACCAAUAAUGCUGGAGAGUAUGCAAUGUGGGCGUAUACCGCCAACACGUCACCAGUUGCGGCAUUUUACGAUCCGUUCAUCUUUAUUGAAGUGUAGCUGCUUUAUUGUUGGAUAUCAUUAAGAUUCAAGCGAGCUAUUAGUCUCUGGGUUUUGGC